AUCAUGGAAUAAUACGACAAAUACCAACUAUAUUUAAGAUUAACUAACAAGAAAGAGCCUACCAAAAAUAAUGAGGCUCUGAAUUCAUCAACCAAAAAAUAACAUCCAACAAUUUUAAGUGGAAAAAGAAAUCCUAACAAUGAGGCAUAUUAGAAACUGCAUUAGAGUUCAGAAAUCUUUAAAGAAAAUACCACACCAAUCAAGAAUGACAUUACAAAACCAAAAAAUUAUGCCACAGAGAGAAAAUCACUUGAAGAUAAAAAUACAAAAAGAACUUUGAUUCCAAGCUCAGAUUAAUUUUAAUCUCCUGAAAGAAAAUGUUCAUCAAAUAUUAGAUAUAAUCCCAAUAUAGAAAGUUCUUAAAAAGAAUCUAAGAGAAUUUUAAAGUAAGUUAUAUUCAGAAUUAUUAGAACAUGUGAAUAGAGACAUCAAGACUUUUCUCAUCGAAUUAACCUACCUAUUAGCGCAGUAAUAUUUAUUUGGUUACUAUUUUAGAUGCAGAUAAAAGAUUAUAAGGAAGAUAAUUAUGGAUUGGGUAAAUAAAAAUCACAUGAAUCAACUUAAAAGCUGAAAAGCUAUCUUGACCUUUAAGGUCAUCUUAAUAAUUGUAAAAAUUGAUAACCAUAUCCAGAAUCAUAUUAGAGCCAAACUGACAGAUUAUUCAAGAGUCAGACAAAAAUAUAAAAAAAUCUUUUAUCAUCAUAUUAAAUUUGCAAAGCCCAAUCAGAGAUAAAGAAUGGAAAGAAAAGAUUUAUUUAGAGUGCUAUGCAAUAGUAAUUAUCACCACCUGAUAAUCCAAUACAACCAAAAAACAUUCAUAAAGUAUUUGUCAAAAGCUCUUAAGAAAUAUGGGACAAAUAAGUAAUAUAAACUUUUAAUGAUUAAGCAAUCUUAAUAAAAAGCAAUAGUAAAAAUGAAUCAUGCUAACCAAUAAAAGAGCCAAAUAGAAUUAAGAUGA